AUGGACGCUCUACCUCCAGAGGUCAUCCUCGUCAUCUUCAAGAACUUGGACUUCAAGGAGGUCGCUGCCUUACGACUCUCGAGCCGUCGAUGCGCCGAGCUUGGAGCAGAGUUCUUGAUAACCAAAGUCUGCUUCCAUGCUGCGAAGGACUCUCUCGAGCGACUGUCGUUCCUGCUCAGCAAGUUCUCCAAGACCAUCGACACUGUUGUUUAUGAAGGAAAUACGUACGCCGAGCGAACUCUUGAGCAGUAUAAGGAUCACUUCUUGGAGCAUCACCAUGCUGAUUCCGCCCCUGUAAAGCCCGCAGAUGACGCCCCUGCACGAGACCAGCGUCUGUACAAGCGAAAUAAAGCCAAGUACGACGCCGCUGUUCUCAACGACUACAACAACUUCCAGAAAGCCUACAGAGGCCAGCAAGCCGUUCUGACGAGUGCUACGUACGCAAACGCGCUGUCGUGCCUACGACGUCUGCCGAAGUUGCGACACCUCACGCUCACUACCGGUACCCGAUGCAUUCAUUCGAUGUCUCGUCGUUACCAGAAGGCCUUUCCGAUGACCUGCACCAUGCCGACUGGACUGUGCUCCAAGCCCACGAUCACUCAGCUACGUCGACUGCUUAUUCCCAAUGGCCCAUUGCUGGGCUUGCAGUCUCUUACUGUGCAUAAUCUCAGCCCCAACUUCUUUCGCAAUAUGUCCAUCAAGACUCAUGUUCUAAAUGUCUUCAAGAGCCUACAAACCAUCCGCUUGACACUACGCAUGGAGGAGUCUCAGCGCGAGGACCUGCAAAUCCACGGAGUCGGGCCCCACGCUGCCUACAAGACGAUUACUCAGGGCUACCUUCACGAGGCUCUGGCUGCUGCCCAGGGUGCAACCAGUAUUCUCAUCAACUUCGACGACCUGGGUUACUACGGUCCCGCCACCACUAUCACAGCCAUCAUUGGCAACACCGUCUGGCCCAAACUGGUACGCCUCGAUCUAGACUGUAUCAAGUUCACCCAGAAGCAAUUCCUUGACACUCUGAAGAGACAGCCAAAGCUGUCUGCUGUUUUUCUUGGCUUCGCCUUCCUCCUGGAUUCCGACUGGCCAACUCUACUGAAGAAGCUGAAGAAUUGUGGCCGCAACAAGUCAUUGGCGCUUGACAUGUUUGAAACCAUGGGUCUAUUGGAGGACAGCGACAAUUGCUACCCUGUCAGCCAAAUCGAUGCCGGUGCUUAUGCAGAUGAGCGGAUGGAGAUCAUCCUCAGUAACGUCAUCAACGAUUUUGUAACUACAGAAAUCUGGGACGACGACGAUGAAGAGUUCUGCCCGAUCAAUUCUUUCGACUGGCAAGAACCCGACGAGUUGUACCACCUCUAUGGCGGUCCUGAAUCUGAUUUCGAUUACGAGGACGACAUCGACAGCGACUCCGACGGUUCCGAGUCCGAAGCGACUCCUGAUCUGCCGGAUCUGGAGCCGAUGGACAUUGAUGACGGUGCCCCGGUGAAGCAGGAGGAAGAUGCCAACGAGACUGGCAUACCAGAACUUGUGCCGAUGCAGAUCGACUAG